AUGGUUGCGGAGGGGGGGAUUGGAUCAAAAUGGCAGAGAAGGGUGAUUGAUGGAGGAGGGACGUUGGAUUCUGGUCUCGAUCGAAAGCUCCAACCCUCUUCGGUAUGGUGGUGGAGGGCGGUUGGCGUUGGUUAUUGGUUCAACAUUCCAGGUGCCGAUACGUCAUGGUGGCGGGAUGUUGGUGUUCUGGGCUCGAUCAAAAUCCUCUCGCAUUCGAUCUUGAUGGUGGUUGGUGGGGGCGCGCUGGGUUCUGGUCUCGAUCAAAACUCUCGCAGCCAACUACCUAAUGGAGUGUGUGCGUCAACUUCCACUUCCUACUCACCUGAUGCGGGAGGCGUUGGUGUUGGUUUGAACGUCCCGAUUCUCAGCUUCGCAUGGAGGAUCAUACCCGAUAAUCAGGUGGCCAAUGGAGAGCGGGAAGGGGUUUGGAGGAGUAAAACAACAGCGAAAAGGACGCCAUGGAGAGCCGGAGGAGUGUUGGUUGAGCAAAUAUGGUGCAAGGACUACCUGAUGAGUGGGAGGCGGCAGCGGCUUGAUGGUGGUGAUGAGGAUCGUUUGGAAUGGUUGAUAGAGAGAAUAGAGGGCAUGAUGAGGGAGUAG